AUGAAAUUUAAAGACAAAAAUGAAAGCUUUUCUUGUUUGGAAGCCUAUUUAACUUUGACUUCUAAGAGCUCAAGAUUUAGUGAUGUUUUGAAGAACCGAGUUUUCAGACUGACGCCUUGGGGUCGUCGAAAUUUGGAAAUGCGAAAGCAAAGUUUGACAAUCUUGGCUCCUAAGCAUGUGCAGAAGUUAGCAGUGAUCACAAGGGGGACAUGCAAACAGAGUUUGAGGAUGUCACAAAGGCAUUCAAGUCAAGCUAGCCCUAGAGCAGGAAGUGACGUGGACUCUCCUACUAUCAACACCAAGUACUUCACUCUCAGAGAUGUUUGUUCCACAUAUUCCUUUCAAGGUACUAGCCAUCAUGAAUUGUCAAAAUCUUGCAACUUUGAUAAUAAAGAAUUUAUUGGAAAGAAAGAAAAAGACUCAACAUUAACCCAUGAGCACCUUGAAACUUCAAUUGUAGGCUUAACAAAUCCUUUAGACGCUCCUGCUCGAAGAAAGAAGUUUGUCUUCUCUAGGAAGGUAAAGGAUAAAACCCCAGAACUUUGUGAAACUCCUAAAGUCAGGGGGAAUAAAUGUUUACUGCGAAGAAGGUUGGAUGUAUCUUUCUCUCUUCUAAAGGGAGACUGUGGAUCACAAAACAGUUCUCUAGAAAGUAGUGUAAGUCAAGUUCUCAACUUAGAAAAUCAUAUUCCAAGCAGUGCUUCAUGUUUCCCAAGGGAAAAUAAUUUUAGCCCAUUAGUUACUAGCACUAUAAAAACAGAAGAAGUAACCUCCAACAGUCAAAACUUAAGACUAAAUUUUUCUCAGCACAAGACUUCCACAAUUGAUGAUUCCAAAGAUGAUUGUAGCCUAUUUGAAGUGGAGUGUAUAUCUCCCAUUCGGGGCAAUGAUUUUAAAGAUUCAUUUUCACAUGACUUUAGUGAUAGCAGUUUAAGUGUUUAUGAUGAAAAUACACAUUCUGAACUUCUGGACUCCUCUGGAAGUGGAACAAUCUGUGGAACAGAUGAGAAUAUAUUUGUGACUCCAGUAAAUAAUCUUAUAGCAAACAUUAAAUUUAAUGCAAGUCAGACAGUUUCAACUGAAGUGAGAGGCAAUUUUUCAACACCUGAAGACAGUGGUUUUAACUCACUUAGCUUGGAUAAGUCAGAAGAUUCACUCUCUGAUCAGGAGGGUUAUUUUCAAGAACUACAUCAGAAACAUAAGGGGACUCUCAAAGUAGGGGACACCAUAAGAAAAUCAAGGCAUCUUGGAAGGUCAAGAAGACUGUCCACUCUUCGGGAACAAGGCUCACAGUCAGAGACAGAAGAGGAAAAGCAGGCCAGCUCCUCCAACUCUGACACAAGACUGGUGGCCAAGUCAAACAUCUCAGAGAGUCAACCAAGCAAUGGUAAUAAGACUGGGAAUUUGACUUUAAGCUUUAAGAACUUAUCAAAUACACCAGCCUUGCAAUUAGUGCAUGAGCUCUUUAUGAGAAGCAAAAGGAAAAGAUUCCAGCAAAAGGAUGACCAUGAAUUCUUAGAAGAAAGGGAUGAGGGAAAAAUAGCUGUAUUGCAGUGUGUUCUCGCAGGACUGAUUGGCAAGAAGAUGGGUAUAGAACAACUGGACAUCUUAACAGAACUAAAAUAUAGAAAUUUAAAGCACGUUCUUGCUAUGGUUUUAGAUUUAUUAACUGCAGAGAGUUUAUACAGUGUUUGGAAAGUCAGCAGAAAUUGGCGUGAAAUUGUUGCUCAAGAUAGAAAAGCUAAUCGGAGAAGAAAAUUUUAUAUCACACAACUGAAAGCAAAUUCUGAGGGGGCUAUAUUAAAUGUUGAGGAUGCUGCCACUCGGCUACAUCUUCUAAAUCGCUCAGCUUUAAGAUCAGUGCAGGCACAGGCCCGGACACCCAGUUCUCUUAAAGAGCAAGUUCCAACCUUAUCUCCUUGGGGAGAAGUUUUGACACCUAUAGCAAGUUCUUCCUUUACCCAUUUAAAUAGUAAACAGGAUGAAUAUGUUAAGGUUGCCAAAACACUGUUUACUGAUGAAGCAUUAAAACCUUGCCCAAGGUGUCAAUCCCCAGCUAAGUACCAGCCAUAUAAGAAAAGGGGACUGUGUAGCCGCACAGCCUGUGGUUUUGACUUUUGCGUGUUAUGUCUGUGUGCUUAUCAUGGGUCUGAAGAAUGUAGCAGAGGAGCAGCAAAGCCAAGAAAUAGGAAAGACGCUCUCCCAGGAAGUAUCCAGAGUAAGCGGAAUUUAAAACGCCUCUAA